AUGAUAAAUCACAUGACCUUAUUUUCCAGUGCCUUCGCUGCGAUCACUAGCGCUAUCGUGAUUCCCAUGCUUUACACCUACUUACAGUACAUUCAUAGUCAUGUUCAAGAUGAGGCUGCAUUCUGCAAGAAACGAGUGAUUGACCUCCACCAAAUGUAUGAGAAAGUCGACAUUCACAUGGGAGGAAGCCUGAGAAAGAAACGAAGCUUCAUUGAAAAAGACCAAGCCUAUGUAUAUUGCCCGUGUAACAGUGGCCGCGCAGGCCAGCCUGGACUGCCGGGAGAACCUGGAAAAGAUGGCAAGGAUGGUGAGCCGGGCGAGCCAGGAAAGGAUGGCUUUAAUCCACCGGAAAAUGGUUACUUCGAGUUUUGCAUGGAAUGCCCACCGGGGCCUCCAGGACUUCCAGGAGAUGAGGGACCAAGAGGACCACGCGGACCACCAGGUGUUGAUGGGCUGCCCGGUACACAUGGACGUCCAGGUCAACCAGGAGUUCCUGGAAAAGAAGGCAGAGCGGGAAACGAUGGACAACCAGGAAUGCCUGGAGAACCAGGAAGACAUGGACAGCUUUUCGAUGCUCCUGCAUCUAUUGGCGCUCCUGGACCACGUGGUGAGCCAGGACCCAUGGGAAUUCCAGGUCCUCCUGGAACUCGAGGUCAAUCUGGCAUUCGUGGUCCUCCCGGUCCGAUGGGCGAUAAGGGUCUUCACGGAGUCCCAGGCAUCGACGGAUCGCGAGGCUUGCCUGGUCAUAGAGGAGCACCUGGUCGAAGGGGGAGCUGCCACCACUGCAUUGUAAGGAAAACAACUGACGCACCAACUACAGAAGUUUCAUGCGAAUUGAAUAAAGGGCAAGAAAGGACCACUUAUCGGAAAGGUGCAGGAACUUUGCCAGCCUUCACCAGAAACCUUGGUAAAACUGACACAGAUCAGUACGAGACAUCAGCAGCGUUCACUCUAUAA